AUGGCGACCGCAGCUUUUCAUGUGCCGUCGGUGCCGCGGUCCCUGCUUCUGCCAGGGCUGGAUACGCACCAGGUUCAAGAGGAGGAUGACGUUCCCACCGACCCCACCCCUCCUGGCUCUCACUGGCUCUUCCGGCCGCCGCCUUUCAUCGCCCACGCCGACCUGGAAGCAGAAACGGUUACGAUUCGCAAUCCCUCCGUGUGGAGGGGGGCCAACCUCGCCGGUUACACCCUGACCGAUCGCCUGCAGCGACACACCUACCACUUCCCGGAACGGUUUGUGCUGCGCGCCCGCACUUCCUUGACAUUGUACUGCUGCCCGGGAAAGUUUUCGGAAGGCGCGCUGCACAACCUUCCUCAGCCUUUCCUCCUGUGGCACAAUCAGGACGGCUCUUUGCGGAGAAAGGAAGUGAUGGAGAACUCCGGAGAAACGCUGGUCUUGUCCGACGCCAAGGGGAAUGAGGUGGCCGUGCUCGAGGUGCCCGGCACAGACGGGGAAGAGACAAGCAGAACUCUUCCCGGCGUCAAGCGAUCCCAGGUCUUGGCCCUCCGCACCCUGGUGCUGUCCCUGUGCUACCUUCGGCUCGUGUGCACCGGCCUAGCUGCCGCCCGGGUGACGGUCCACCCGGACGUGUUCCUGCUCGUCACCGCGCUCGCGCACGUGUUUGAUAUCCUCUCCCGGUGGGCGUCGAGCCGGCCUGGGGUCCCCAUGGACGACUUUGGCGUGGUGCUCGCAACUAUGGGUGAUCGUUUCUCGUACUUAGUCCUGCUGGGCUCGCUGGUGCUGCUAGACAAGGACCCGAGGCACUCACAGAUCUUUGGCGGCAUGCUCGCCCUCGACAUGACGGCGAACUGGCUGCAGCUGUCCGUCGCGAGUAUCUCCAACGGGUCUCACCCCCUGGCCGGCACCCUAGUCAGCGGUAGGGGAGCGGCCCCCGACUUCGCCACGCACAUCAUGCUGACACACCCCGUCGAGCUCACCCUGGUCUCCCUGGGAAGCGAGGCGUUCCUGGUGUGGUCCUACCUUGUGGCUUCGUCCGAUCUCCCACUCGGGCUGCGAGCGAUGGUGGCGAAAGCCGGCGACUUCCUCUCGAGCUUGUUCACCGAGCUCCUGUCUUCCUUCUCCCCUUCCUCCUCCUCCUCCUCUUCCUUCUUGUCUUCCGACAUCGCCGAUGAAGAAGUCGCUUCGAUUCUCAUUUCGGGCGAAGAGACCACGACCGCCGCGGAGGAUGGAGGCGUGUUUGGCGGCUUCGAACCGAACAGGAUCGACUCCGCCGCGCUGGGAUUGGGGGAAGACCUAGGGGUUCGAGAGGCGGAAGAUGACGGGGACGGGUCGCCGUUUUCUACGGCGUGGAAAGCGGUGUGGAUGACGCUGAUGGUCUGCUGUGCCGCCCGGCAGCUACUGAGUUGCAUUCAAGCUCUGAUUUCGAUGUCCUCGCUAUCGUCGGGCGUGAUCGCGGACGCGGCCGGCAAGGACAUGCAGCGCCGCCACCCCCGCUCGAGGCGCAGCAGCGGCGGUGGCGGGAGCUCGCGGGGGCGGAGCCGAUCUCGCGCCCGAUGA